AGCCGAAGUUCAGUGAGAGGGAAAGCGCCGCGCGACUGUAAUAUAGCAGGGGUGUGAAUCAGAAGUCAAACUUCUGUGAAGUAGCAGUCAGUACUGUUUUCAUGUCAUGAAAAGCCUCUUUACGUGGAUUCUAGCCCUGAGCACGUAGAGUGAGAGAGGGUGACGGUGAACGUGUGUGAAAGAGGAAGAGCGUGUGGUGAAGAGAGAGAGAGAGAGAGAGACAGACAGAGAGACGCGAAGGGAGCACCGAGCGAGCAUCGAGCCGCCUAUCUCGCGAGAUGCAGACCAUCAAGUGUGUGGUGGUGGGCGACGGCGCGGUGGGCAAGACCUGCCUGCUCAUCUCCUACACCACCAACGCCUUCCCCGAGGAGUACAUCCCCACCGUCUUCGACAACUACAGCGCCCAGAUGAGCGUGGACGGCCGCACCGUCAGCCUCAACCUCUGGGACACGGCGGGCCAGGAGGAGUACGACCGCCUGCGCACGCUCUCCUACCCGCAGACCAACGUCUUUGUCAUCUGCUUCUCCAUCGGCAGCCCCUCCUCGCACGCCAACGUGCGGCACAAGUGGCACCCCGAGGUAUCCCACCACUGCCCCAACGUGCCCGUGCUGCUGGUGGGCACCAAGAAGGACCUGCGUCACGACGCCGACACCCAGGCCCGGCUGAAGGAGCAGGGCAUGGCGCCCACUACGCACCAGCAGGGCAGCGCGCUGGCCAAGCAGAUCGGGGCGGUGAAGUACCUGGAGUGCUCGGCGCUGAAGCAGGAGGGCGUGCGGGAGGUGUUUGCCGAGGCCGUCAGGGCCGUGCUCUACCCCAACGCCAAGAAGAAGAGCAAGCAGUGCGUGCUGCUAUAGUUUGUUUUGUUUUAAUCGCACGUUACGAGGAGGUGCUGACAGACCAGGGACAAAAAGGGGGCUGGAGUCUGGACUGUGGUGUGAAUGAUGGG